AUGGAGGGCACGCCUCCACAAGCAAUUCUUCUAAUCCGCCAGGCAAACACCCUUGCCGCUGCAAACCACCACCGCCCCGCCGCCUUCUUCUUCUCCACCGCCUCCUCUGUCCGAGGCAUCAGCCCUCGCGUGCAGGCCCGUGCCCUAUACUCCUCCGCACGCCACCUCUAUCUCUACCUCGCCGCCGCCACACACGACCAACUCCGCCUCCACGAAGAACCCGACAGCACCCGGGCGAUUCAGCACCUCCGCAAAUGCCUCCUUCUCACCCGCAGCAUCCCGGAUGUCGCCAAGCUACCCCUCUCCGCCUUCGCCUUGCUGGAGAACAUCUACACCUUCAUCGAGGAUCACAACGCCGCACACCGCGAAAUCAAAGCCGCCAUCCAACAUCUCCUCUCGCUCGUCGCCCUGCAGCCGCGGCUAGUUGCCCACUGGUGGGCCUACUUCCAAUGCUGCGCAAUUGCAAAUGCUGUCGCUAGGCGCAUCUCGUCCCCGACUAUCAUGCACAUGGCCGGGGACGCCGCACAUGAGUGCGCCAAUCAUGGAGAUAAGACCGCUGCGGUCGCGUUCAACCUCACUCAAUGUCACAUUGCACUUUCCAGUCCAAGCCCGAACGUUUGCGACCUGGACCCCAUGCUUAGCGAUGCAUACACCAAUUUGCAGGCUUUGUCUCGCAAUCCCAACCCCACCAUAUCAACAAGAGCCGAUCUCGUCUAUCUGGCCCUGUGCUACUUUGUCAUGCUCGGUUGCCAGCACUUGCGAACGGGUGACCUUGCCGGUGCUCACAAGAUGGCUAUCAAGGGUCUGCGCAAGUUUUACGGCAAGCUUCGAAACCUGCAGAAAGAAAAUCACCACAAGAGCGGUGUCUGGACGUGGCUCCCGUCCCCAAUGCUUAGUGCUCUCACCUGUCAUAUCAUCAUAGCCACCAACCCAGUCGAUGAGGAGAAGCGCCGCUCCAACUACUCUCUCACCGCUCUUGGCAAACUCGGCAUACAUCCGGACGCCAUUCAAUCUUUUGAUCCUUCCUCACUGCGAGUUCCGGGCGUACCACCGAGGACACCUGCACUCUUGGCCACAGCUCUUUUCGAAGCUGCCGCACGUAUUAGGUUAACGUCGGUUGAUCUCGGCGAGGCCGCCCCUCUAAUAUCUGCUGCUUUGAAGACAGCCUUUUCAGAUCAGCAAUCAAGAACCGAAAUAAAGCGCAUUGAAAGCGGGCACGCUGCUCACUUUGACAAUAUUCUUCCACCGGAAUUGCCCGUGUCCCAGGUUGUAUCGAGAUGCGCAGUUUUGCUUUUGGCCGCCGAAUUUUACAGCCUGCGUGGCAAGCUUUCAUCAGCUAUGAUUUCUCGAGAGUUUCUUGAUCUCGUUCUUUCUUCAGAACGCUUCAAGGACCGCGAUGGAAAUAGCAUUGUAUCCGACACAUGGCAGAUCGCACAGUCGUUGUCUUCACUCCUGAGUGGGAAUCUCCGACCAGAAGGUAUUGCGCCAGACAUGCCGGUGGGAAUGGAUGCGAUCGAGGCAGCGCAGAGAAAGGGGCUAGAUACGAGAUUCGGAAACAGGCGAGUCCUUGGGAUGGCAUGGUUCGCCAUCGCUGUUCAUCAGAUGCGAAACCAUGACGUGCUAGAUUCUGAAAAGGCACUGCGAAUUGUUCUUAAAAUUGUACACGAACCUGAGGGAGACAACAACCAAGUCGUGGCAAAUGUAUGGGCCAUAAUGAGUGGACUUACACUCAACCGCGGAACAAUAGGGCAUGAAACACAGGGCAUGAUCAACUCCGCCAUCAAUAUGUCAAGCUCCAUUAAUGACUCUCUCACACUCUCUCGCUCCCUAAGACAACAGAGAAAAUGGUUGAGCCGCAUUUCGAAUGACCCCGCCGAGAACAGAGCUGCUGCUGAGGCUCUGGGGCAACAAUAUCAAGAAUUGAAGAGGAAGCAGAGAGACGGGACUCUUCUUCUACUUGCUGACUCGUCAUGAAAGUCAGCAGACAGAGGACAGCUGAACAAGGAUAUUCGACAAAUAUCUGAAGAAACGGGAAUUGAGAUUGAUCAGACCAUACAUUGCAACGCGAGAGAAGACAGUUAGGCGUACAAGAUGGGUAGGCACUGCUUAGCCCUUUGUUCAAUCUCUAAAUCCCCGCUAUAUCUAAACCGAAGGAAUCCGGCAAAUCUCAACAGAUGGUGGCAGAAUCGCGGACAAGUUUCGCAUAGACAUCGGACAGAGGCUUGAACAGGCGGCUUCUAAAUUGGGAGAAUAUUGCAACGAGCGCAAGGAGUGCGAGACCAUGAUUUGCUGCCAUGCUUAGCUUGUUGGGUGCAAAAGAGACUACUUCAACCUGAGAGUUGUAUGAGCUUUGGCGAUUUGGGUUUGUUCACCUCAACAACCUAAGCAGGAUUUCGUCUGUCGCGCCAUCUCCACAACUCUUGUGUCGAAACAGCUUGAGCUGUGCGGAAGGGAGUUCUGAUUUCAAAUGGAUCUCAAACAUCGGGUCAUUUUUCAAGCAUUCCCAGUGCGACGUCUUCGCACUCAAAAGUAGAGAUCGAUUUCCACGGUUUUCCAUGAAUCAGCAACUGAUCAGACUUACCGAGAUCUAUUUGUUAGAAGACACCAUAGAAGGGGCGUGUGGAUAGUUGGCCUCCACAUGCAGGUGUCCUCCUGAAGUCAAGUUUAAUCUGAGAUUUUAACAUAUCGAAGUGAGUCUGACGCAAGCAAGGCGAACAAAAUUCAGACUCUGCUCGGACAAAACGGUAUUGUAUUCCGCAGUCACACAAUUCACUCCAAUUCAAGCCUAAUGUAUCCACAUCCAAGGACGAAGUAGGACUACGUCUCGCCGCAUUCUUUUUUCGCCGCGGUCAGUAGAGUUGUGAAGGCAUGGUCCGACAUGGAUCCAAAAUUUCCCAUCUUGCGAUAUUUUCUGGAGAUCACUGGUGAUGAAACACCGGCAGCAAACCUUGCCAUUAAAAGAGCGUUAUCCUUUGGGAUUGCCGCUUGUUGUAUGA